GACAAUAGGAAAAGAGUUGGCUCUUAUCUUGAUGAAUUUUUAACAGCCAUCAAGAUCUUUGGGUACCUAGAGAAACCUGUCUUCAAUGAGUUGACAAGAUCUAUGAGAACUCAAAAAUUGGAUGCUGAUGAAGUGUUGUAUGUUGAUGAAUCCUUAGGGUUUGCAAUUGUUGUGGAAGGGAAUGUUCAGAUAUACACAAAAGUUAAUAACCAAACAAACAAUGAUACUUCUUUCUCUAUGGAUGAUGACCAAAGUGAAGGUUCAAGUGAAAUAUUUGUUUUAAAUGAAGAGCGUUAUCAAUUGUUAAAUGAGGUCAAGACCGGUAAUCCAUUAUCCUCGUUGGUCAACAUUUUAUCAUUGUUUACAGAUGAAGAUGAUGCAAAUGGCAUACAAUCACCUACAAUCAGACAAAGACUACCAGAUGGCUCCUUUGCUCAGCUACACCCUGAUGUAGACAUACCAACACUGAGUUUAGACCAUGAAGAUGUUUUCCCAACAACCCCAAAUAUCAUUGCGAGAGCUACAUCUGAUUCAACAAUAGCAAUCAUUCCUGCGGACGCUUUCAGACGGUUGAAAAGAAAGCAUCCAAGAUCUUCAUCUCAUAUUGUACAAAUGAUCUUGACCAGGUUAUACAGAGUGACUUUCCAAACUGCUCAUAAUUACCUUGGUUUGACUCGUGAAAUUUUCAAUACAGAAAUCAAAUUAAAUAGUGAAGCUAAGCUGGAAUUACCUUCUUAUUUACAUGAUGGUGUUAAACAAAGAUUCAAAAAGGGAAAACAUUCAAGAGGUGGAGCAAUCAAUGAGAGAGGUAGACCAACCAAUAAGACACCAAAAUUGGGUAAUAGAUCAGAAAGCUCAACAAGUACCUUGAUGACACCUUCAACAAAAUUGGAAGCAAGGCCAAAAGUUAAAAGAAUUGAAUCAAGACAUGUCGUCCUAGAUUCUAGAGACUCUUUCAAUCCUGGUGAUCUUUUAUCAAACGUUCCAUUAUCAAGAAAAGAGUUGAGUUAUCAAGCUAUUGCUGAGGAUGACGUUAUGAAUAGAAGUUUUAGUGCAGAGGAAGAAACAGAAGAUACGUCAUUGAGGAUUGCUUUGGUGGAGGGUAUGUUCAAGUUUUUAGGUAUUGAUAAGGAAAGCAUCAUUCCUAGAAGACCAAGUGCAUCAGUGAGUGCAAUUUCAAGUCCAAUGCCACAAGGGUUGGGUCUUUUCCCAACAUUUCCAAUAGAAACUUAUAGUUCAAGAGCACCAAAAACAAGAACAAUGUCUACGACAAGCUCCAGAUUAUCAUUUUGUGAAUCACCAUCAGAACAUGUUGAUUUUGAAGAAGCAAAAACAGAUUUUGCUAAUGAGAUUGAAAUUUUACAAAUUGAACAAGGCACAACUAUCAUUGAGCAAAACUCUCGUAAUAAUGGUCUGUACUAUGUUGUUAGUGGGACUUUGGAAGUCACAUACACAGACCCAUCUUCAAAUGUUGAACAUGUGCUAUAUACUGUUAAUCCAGGUGGUGUUGCUGGUUAUCUUGGAGCACUUGUUGGUUAUAAAUCUUUUGUUUCAUUACGCGCAAAGACUGAAACUUAUGUGGGAUUUUUAUCAAAGAAAGAUUUGGAAAGGUUAUGUGAAAAGUAUUUUAUGAUUUAUUUGAGCAUUGCAAAGAGUUUGAUCAAGUCUUUGAGUAAGAAGAUUUUAAAGUUGGAUUCUGCUCUUGAAUGGAUUCAACUUGAUGCUGGAGAGACUCUUUUCAAACAGGACACGGAUGCUAAUGGUAUUUAUAUCGUUUUGAGUGGUCGUUUAAGGUCACUUUCUGAAAAUGAAACAACUAAUGACGUGAAAAUUUUGGCUGAAUAUGGACAAGGCGAAAGUUUUGGUGAAGUUGAAGUAUUGACAGCUGCUAAAAGAUCAAGUACAUUUGUUGCUAUCAGAGACUCAGAAACUGCAAGAAUUCCAAGAACACUAUUUGAAAUUUUGGCAUUAGAAAAUCCAGCUAUCAUGAUCAAAGUUAGUAGGAUUGUGGCAAGAACAAUCAAGGCUGAAUCAAGUGAAAGUUUUAGUCCAAAUACUCAUGUUCCCUCUGUCACAAAGUUUAAAAACCCAAACUCAAAUUAUAGAACUGUAACAAUCCUGCCAGUCAACCAUGGGUUACCUGUUCGAGAGUUUGCCAGCAAAUUGAUCCAGGCUUUCAAAAAUGUCAAUAGAUCGGUCAUUGGUUUAGACCAGGCAUCAACGUUGAAUUAUUUGGGGAAACAUGCAUUUGAUAGAUUAUCAAGACUUAGACAGUCUGGAUUCUUUUCAGAUCUUGAAGAGAGAUAUCAAAUCGUGGUUUAUAUUGCAGAUACAGCAGUGAAUUCUUCUUGGACAAGUACUUGUAUUCAACAAGGUGAUUGUGUUUUGCUAUUAGCUGAUGCCUUAGGAGAUACAAACAUUGGUGACUAUGAAAGAUUGUUGAUGAAGACGAGAACUACAGCAAGAACUGAGUUGAUUCUAUUACACCCAGAGAAAUAUGUCGAGCCAGGGCUUGUGAAUAGAUGGUUGAAGAAUCGUGUUUGGGUUCAUUCACAUCAUCAUAUUCAGUUCAACUUGCAAAGAACUGGUAACGCCCAUCCAGAAAGGGGUCAAAACUCUUUUGCAAGUAACAUUAGAACAAAAGUUGAAAAUCUUCGUUCAAAAUAUGUUGGGCCAAAGAAAUAUUAUACUUCAUCAUUACCACACAAGAAUGAUUUCAUGAGAUUGGCAAGGUUGCUAUCUGGUCAAGCUGUUGGUCUUGUCCUCGGAGGUGGUGGUGCAAGAGGGUUUAGUCAUCUUGGUGUUUUAAAAGCAUUGCAAGAGAAUGGUAUUCCAAUUGAUAUGAUUGGUGGUACUUCAAUUGGUUCUUUCAUUGGUGGUCUAUAUGCUAGAGAUUAUGAUCUUGUUCCAAUUUAUGGUAGGGCUAAGAAAUUUUCUGGUAGAAUUUCAAGUGUUUGGAGAACAUUAUCUGACUUAACAUAUCCAACUACUUCUUAUACAACUGGUCAUGAAUUUAAUCGUGGUAUUUGGAAAGUGUUUGGUGAUAGUAGAAUUGAAGAUUUUUGGAUCCAAUUCUAUUGUAAUUCCACCAAUAUCACAAACUCAACUAUGGAUAUUCAUUCAUCUGGUUAUGCAUGGAGAUUCAUUAGAGCUUCGAUGUCAUUAGCUGGGUUAUUACCUCCAAUUACUGAUAAUGGAUCAAUGUUACUUGAUGGUGGUUAUGUUGAUAACUUACCAGUUGGUGAAAUGAAAAGCAGAGGUGCUAGUAUAAUUUUCGCAGUUGAUGUUGGCUCAGUUGAUGAUCGUACACCAAUGAAGUAUGGUGAUUCUCUAAGUGGAUUAUGGAUUAUGUUUAAUAGAUGGAAUCCGUUUUCCAAGCAUCCAAAUGUUCCAACAAUGAGUGAAAUUCAAAUGAGACUAUGUUACGUUAGUUCUGUCAAUGCAUUAGAGAGAGCUAAGAACACACCAGGUAUAAUUUAUUUGAGACCACCUAUUGAAAACUAUGCCACUCUUGAUUUUGGUAAAUUCGAAGAAAUUUACAACGUUGGUUCCAUUUAUGGCCAUAUGGUCUUGAAAGAACUAGCAGAGACUGGAAAAUUACCGCAAAUUGCUGGUGCAAAUUACAGGCUUUACAACAAGGAAAUGCCAGCUCUGCUCCUGCAUCGUCAGUCU